AUGGCAGCUGAUGCCCAGGAAGGCACUCUCGUGCCAGUUCUCAUGGUCUUUGGUGGCUGCAUGGGCGCCAUCGUUGCCAUGGAGGUGGUAUUGAAAGCAGAUCCCAAGUCAGGGAACUUGUUGACCCUCACUGCGGUUCUCAUGGUACUCUUCCAGAGCAUACCAGGCCGCAUAUCUGGUUCGGGCCUGAAGCCCCUGGUGGCCCCCAUCGCCAGCCAUGCCAAGUUCUCGGCGCUCUGGGUGUCCAUGUCCGUCCUCGCCAAUUAUGCCUUUGCAUAUAAGAUCAGCGUGGCAAUCUUCACUUUGAUCCGCUCGUGCAACAUCAUCGCGACCGUACUGCUCGGUUACACUGUCUUUGGGGAGCGCUUCUCUGCAGAGCAAUUGCUCUGCGUGUUGGCCGUCACGGUGGGAAUCUUUCUCGCCUCCAUGGGCGAGAUCAAGACGCUGAACACCAGUGAUCCCACCUCGGCUGCGUGCAGUGCCUCAGGUUCGUGCGCUGAAAUCACGAGCUUACCUGCGCCGGCAGACGACGUGGAGCUUGCCACAUGGGCUAUUGGCAUUGCCAUGCUGGCUUUCGUGCAGCUGCUUCAAGGCUUCCUGGGACAUGUUCAGUCCACCUACUACAAAGUUUACAAGGACCUCGCCCCCAAAAACGAGCUUUGCGACGAGUUUCUUUUCACCUCGCAUGUGGUGGCCUUACUGCCGCUGCUCUGCUUGAAGGAGGACAUCAUGGCGGCAGCCAGAGUCGCGAUGGCAUCAGAUCCAGUGCCAUUUCUGCCGUUCCAUCUUCCAGCCCAAAUUCUUUGGCUGCUGGUCAACAACGUGUCGCAGACCAUCUGCCUGAAGGGUGUCUUUCGCACCAGCGCCACUGUCUCUCCCCUGGCGCUGACCAUCAUUCUCUCUGUGAGGAAGUUUCUCUCCGUGGUGGUCUCCAUUGUCCUGUUCAGCAACCCCUGGACAGUCCAGCACAGCGUGGCCACGGUGCUCAUCUUUGGCGGCGCAUUUGCUUACUCGCAAGUCCGUGGCGUGUCCCCCGCCAAAGCGAAGGGGGCGGAAAGAAAGUCUGAUUGA